CUGGUACUAAUCUCUCUCUCUGUCUCUCUCUCUCUCUUUGUUCCUUCCCCUUCUUGAUUCUCGCACACACAUAGCAAGUGGCUCUUUGUUGUUAUUGAAUUUUGAAAUCACAUCAGUGACUGAGUGUGCUGCUAAAAAAAAAUCUAUCACUUGCUAAAAAGCAACACAUUUGUAUUGCAUCUGGUGUUAUCGUAUCAGAUGGAAACAUUUGAUGCAUCGAUUUCAGAGCCGGGUAAUGUUGCAAUAGGAAUCCCUAAUGGCGGUUCAAUUCAAAUAGAGGGUUUCAAGCAUCGUGUUGACGAGAUAGUUUCAAAGGUUGAUAAGCUUGAGCAUAAAGUGCAUGAUAUAGAAAAUUUUUACUUGACCGUGAAUAAAAAGCAAACAAGCAUGUCUAAAGGUAACUCAGCUACAAAGGAUAAAGAUAAGGAGAAACUUGUUCCUAGUAUUAAGAAGCAACAACAGGAUGCAUCACGUAGAGAAGCAGCUGCUACAAAGCGAAUGCAAGAUAUUAUGCGCCAGUUUGGCACAAUAUUACGCCAGAUUACACAACACAAGUGGGCUUGGCCUUUUAUGCAACCUGUGGAUGUAGAGGGUCUUGGUUUACAUGACUAUUUUGAGGUCAUUGACAAGCCCAUGGAUUUCAGUACCAUUAAGAAUCAAAUGGAGGCUAAAGAUGGUACUGGAUAUAAGCAUGUUCGGGAAAUAUGUGCUGAUGUGAGGUUGGUUUUCAAGAAUGCUAUGAAAUAUAAUGAUGAAAGAAGUGAUGUUCAUGUGAUGGCAAAAACUUUGCUGGCAAAGUUUGAGGAGAAAUGGUUGCAACUUCUGCCUAAAGUUACUGAAGAGGAAACAAGACGAGAAGAGGAAGAAGCUGAAGCAGAGUUGGCCAUGCAGCUUGCUCAAGAAGCAGCUCAUGCUAAAAUGGCUAGAGAUUUAACAAAUGAGCUGUUUGAAGUUGAUGUGCAUUUAGAAGAGCUACGAGAGAUGGUUGUUAAAAGAUGCAGAAAAACGUCAACUGAAGAAAAGAGAAAGCUUGGAGCUGCUCUCACCCGAUUGUCACCCGAUGAUCUUAGCAAAGCAUUGGAAAUUGUUGCCCAACAUAAUCCAAACUUCCAAGCAAAUGCUGAAGAGGUGGAUCUUGACAUGGAUGCUCAGAGCGAGUCUACCUUGUGGAGCUUAAAAUUUUUUGUUAAGGAGGCAUUAGAAGUCCAGGACAAGAAAAACAACAAACGUAAAAGAGAGUUAUGUGAUGCUAUUGCCAUAGCCUCGAAGAAGACCAAGAAGGUGCCCAAAGAGUAAUGAUGAUAUGCUACUUUUAGGUUGUCUCCUAUGUGGGAUGAUGCCCUGGUGUACUUUUUUCUUGGAAAAUGGCAAAAGUUGUGUUGCUCACUUUAGUUUCUUAUGCCAACCACAGCCUUUUCCAGUUGCUCCUUUUUGCUCCCAAAGAAAUCCUUGAGAUGCAGUCCAAUAGUCUUAAAUGCAUUUGCUCUUGUCCUUUGGUUCUCCCUGACCCUUUUUUUAUGUUGGUUUCCCCCGUGCACGCGCGCGCAUAUAUAUAUAUAUAUAUAUAUAUAUACCAUGUACUUUGCAUUUCCA